CGAGAACUGAGCUUUCUCCGAAAAUCCAUCUAUUUAUAGGUACACGUCAAGCAGGCGAUUUCUGCAGAUGGUACACUGAGCGUCACAAGAAAGUAUCCGCGUCGAACGUAUUCAACAAAGAAAUUCGCCAACCAUGGACAACAUUUACCCAAUGAGGCAUAAAAGGAAAAGCGUUGUCUACAUCAUCAAUAACUUCAUCUUUGGAAAACAAGAAAGAAAGGGAAGCGUCGUUGACGAAAAGAACUUAACCAAAACGUUUACAAAUUUAUCAUUCGAUGUACAGGCAUUCAAAAAUCAGACAGGAGCAGAGAUGGUGAAUCUGUUGGAAAACGUUUCCCGAGAUAUUCACGAGGACACCGAUUGUUUUGCCUGUGUGAUCCUGUCCCACGGAGAGGAGGACAAGGUCCAAGGCACUGAUGGCCCUAUUGAGAUCACAAAACUCUUGGCUCCAUUCAAAGGAGACCGAUGUCCGGCUCUGGCCGGAAAACCGAAACUAUUCUUCAUUCAGGCAUGUCGCGGGAAACAGUUUGAUGAUGGUGCUGAUGCUCUGGCUAUAAGGGAUGGGUCCGAGGAUGAGGAAGAAGCCAUGGACGAGGAGGAUGAACCAGUGAUCUUCAGGAUACCGAGAGAUGCUGAUUUCCUCAUUGCUUACGCUAGUGUCAGAGGAUUUUUUGCAUGGCGGAAUGAAAAUAAUGGCGCCUGGUUCAUACAGGCGUUGUGCAAGGUUCUAGAGGAGCACGGCAAGACCCUUGACCUGAUGACCAUGAUGACCCGUGUCAAUCACACAGUGGCCUUCGAUUAUACUUCUAAGGGCAGAAUUAAGGAGAAGAAACAGAUUCCUUGUAUAACGUCCAUGUUGACCAAGGAUGUCUACUUUCGGAAGACAUGAACAAGGGAAAACGUUAUACUCCAUCGCCAUGUGUUGAUGGGAUAACUUUGUACCAGGUGCCCUUUUAUAUUGUUGAAAUAAACAUUUAUAUCACCGAUGUAAACCAUUUUUUAGCCAGCAGCAGUCAGCACAAUAUCCAUAUUAAUUCCGUGAAUGUGUGGGUAUAACCCUUUGGUUAUAGAUAAGUCAGGUGCGUUCAUGCCCAGUUAUAACUUGUAUAACAGCGCCAAAAUUACUAUAAUUUUCUUCAAGUUUUAAUCAAUUUUAAACAUGUUCUUUUACGUAUAAGACAAAAUAUUAUGGAUGUCAACUUCGUCUUUAUUGUAUACACAACGAUUCUGGGCUAUUGCUUGCCCCUUCGUCAGGUGAAUGACCCUUAGUAAGGGUUGUGCCUCUCAAGAACCUCAUGUUCGUUUACAUUCUCAAUCCAGUUAACUCACAUAGUUUUCAGGACCUGCAUCAUUAUUCUCAGCCCUAUAACAGUCAAGCUGUAGCAACCGGUCAGUCGACUCCGGUAUGUGAUAACAUGUUAGGCCACUACCCUGUGUCUUCCGAAACACUGGUCACUUAUCGUUGCAGGGGCCGCCAUAUAGCUGGAAUAUUGCUGAGUGCGGCGUAAAACUAAACUGACUAAAACUAUCGUUGCAGGGGCACUGACAAUCUGGACACGGUUGACCAACCUAAAAUAAUUAACAUAAGAAACUAACACGAACUGAAACAUUCCUACUGUAUUCAUGUUCUCCAGUUAGCUAACUUUCACUGUUACUGCUGCUUUGCCUGAGAUCCUCUUUGUUUGUGUUUGAAGGUAAGUCACUUUUACUUGUUACCUUGUCAUUUGGUUAAAUUGGCUUAAAGUCCUUCUAACCUUGCUACUCUACUUGAACAAUUAAAUCAUCCUACUUUAAUCUAAAAUGCUGUUCGAAUUUACCGUUCGGUCGCUAUGUGUUAAUUUCAUGUAGCUUAAAAAUACUGAGUAAAACUGAAAACUUGA